AUGCCACAAACCAAGACUUCCAAAAGCCUCCUGCGCAAUUGUGUCACCUUCCCAUCAUUCGACGACCUUCCGCACGAGAAUGAUAUUGAUUUCACCUACUACGACGAGGGCCCGUAUAGAUUUGCACCCAGACGGCACUGGUGCUUCCUCGGUGAGAUUGUCGCCGACUACGGCAUUUUCCGAGUCCUAUUGCGCGCAAAGGAUAAGGAUGGCCAGGUCGUUACCAUCGGGCUGUACACAGAUGACCGCGGACGAGCGCUCGCCCCGCAAAUCAAGGAAGGCCAUACAGUUGCUGUACUGUAUGGCGAGCAACAUCAUUUCCUGGACAUGACCGUCGGUAUACGUGUCGAAGAACCCUCCGUUAUCAAAAUCAUACCUUGCUCGCUCGACCAGCUGCUGAAGGCCAGUGAUGAUGUGGCUGCGCUGGGCAAGGGUCGUUCGGCGCGCUGUGGGUGUUGUGGUAAGGGGGAGAACUCUGACAAUACGCACUUGCGCUUGUGCUCCCGCUGCAAACAAGAGUCAUAUUGUGGAGAGGUUUGUCAGAAGAAAGCCUGGGUGGAUGGCCACAAGACGGACUGCAAGGUUCUUGCGGGGGUACAGUGGUUCACGGCGAGAAACUGGGAAACGUUCCACAGAUAUUUUAAUUUUUGA